AUGAAUUCGGUAUUUGAGUCCCAUAGAACUAUUUGUAAGAAACCGUCGUUGUCCAUUCUUUCAGGUUCUUCAGUGAAUAAAUUGAACAAUGCUCAGAACGUCUUUCCGCAGAAACCAAUCAAAGAAAGAAUUGUUAGUAGGAGCACUGGAUUGAUUAAGUUUGCUCUUGAGCGAUCUACCAAGACAUCAAAAGAGGGUUUAGUUUUGGAAUCAUCAUUAGAGAAAGAAAAUACAACCAGUUCAAAGAGACAAGGAUUACCGAUUUUCAUUCCGGUUGAAGAAAACGAGAAGGAAGAUGAACCAGAAAUUGAAAACGAAGAAGGUUCAAGUUGCAACGAGCAAGAAAAAAAGUCGCUGCAUAGUCAGCAGGUGAGAAGCCAGGGAUUACUCUACAAACUUGCUGCUAAACAGAGAAGAGUCUUGGACCUCAAGGAGGAGUUGGCAGAAACGGAAAAAGAGCUUGCUCACCUGGAGUUAGAAUAUACGGAUGAAGUUCUUCCUCAAAGCCCGGAAAAGCACAAACAGAUAGACCAAGCCAAACUACAUUCUUCGUCGUCGAAUGGACAAUCUAGAAGAGGCAGAAAAAUUAGCAAGAAGCCAUCCAUUAUGGAAUUUACUUCACAGCUAAGCAAGAAAGCAUCGAUGAUAAACUUCAACGGAAAUGAUGCUCAGGCAAUUGCAAAGAGUUUUAGCACGAUUGGAGACAACAUCUCGCAUAAUAUAGCUGCUAAUCCGAUUCUUAGUAGAGGCAAGAAUAUGCUAAUGAAUAUGAACCGAGAUAAUGAGAGAUGGUUCAACAAGCAGGCAAAUCUGAUUAAGCAAAAAAUUCAGCAGGAUCCUAAUACAUUUAUUGGGAGUGUGUACAAUAAGGUUAAUAAGUAUAAAAACGACAUGGUCGAAAAGAGAGCUUUUGAGGAAGAUUUAGAUGAAGAUUUGCGGGAUGAUUUCGACGAGACCUGCGACGGACUCGAUUACUCAGAUUGUUUCUACUACGAUUACGAUCAAGAGUCCGAUACAAAAAAAUUCAGGCAGAAAAUUCAGGAUUCAACCAAGACACCUGAAAACACUAGCAAAGCUACUGGUGAGAACAAGACAUUCAUCGUGACUCUCAAAGAGAAGACUACUGAGCCAGCUGUUGCCAAAUUCAAACAAGCUGUCAAGACCAUGGGAGGAACUAUUGAACAUGAAUACAGUUUGAUCAAAGGAUUCGUUGUUAAAUUGCCUCCAAUUCAUGCUGCCAAAUUGAAUAAGGAUGAUAAUGUGGAGACUGUCGAAGAAGAUAAGGAGGUGAAAGCCAAUAGCGUCUAA